CUCCAGAAGUUAUCAAAAAUGAACGUUACUCAUAUGGUGUCGACUGGUGGGGAUUGGGUUGCCUAAUAUAUGAAAUGAUGGAAGGAAAGGCGCCUUUUCGACAACGAAAGGAAAAAGUAAAACGUGAAGAAGUGGAACGGCGAGUCCGUGAGGAUCAAGAAAAAUAUUCGGAUAAAUUUAGUGAAUCUAGCAGGACUAUAUGCAGAGGACUUCUGCAUAAAGAACCAGGAUUUAGACUUGGAUGUCGCCGGGUUGGUAAACCGGAAGAAGGUGCUGAAGAGUUAAAAAGCCAUCCUUUUUUCUCACAGGGAGAUGUGAGUACGGGUAGAGAGCCAAUACCUUGGAAGAAAAUGGAAGCUGGAAAGUUGACACCACCGUUUUGUCCCGAUCCCAGAGCAGUAUAUGCCAAAGAUGUGCUUGACAUUGAGCAAUUCAGCACUGUUAAAGGUGUCAGAUUAGAUGCAACGGAUAAUCAGUUUUAUGAGAAAUUCAGUACCGGAUCUGUUUCAAUACCGUGGCAGAAUGAGAUGAUCGAAACAGAAUGUUUCCGAGAGCUCAAUGUGAUGGAAGAGAAUGGUGAACUAGUGUUGGAUUUGCGUAAUGACCCAAUUAAGGGUGAAAAUAACAGAAGUGAAUCUAAUAAUAAAUUUGGAUUUCUCGCACGAUUGUUCAAGCGGAAACUAAUGAAGUGCAUCUUGCAGAGCUGA